GCAGAAAUGAAAGGAUGAAAGUUUACGGACUAAUAAAUUCAAAACAAUUUUUUACACAACUUAGCUUUUAUUAAUUCGAUAUAUUUUAUGAGAUAUGUAGUUUAUCGGUUUUACCAUAGCUGUAACCUAAUGGAUAAGUGAAUUGGUGAUUACCGGAGGAUGUCCGCAUGGAAAUCUUUCUAUAUGUUCUUAUUUGAGGUGAAGUAAAAUGAGCCAGGCUUCUUCAAGUAGUCGUGGUGGAAGGGGAUGGGGAAGAGGAGGAAACUGGAAAGGCAGAGGAUGGGGGAGAGGAAGGGGAAGAGGAAACUACUUCAAUCACUAUGGAAAUAAUCAAAGAGGAAGAGGAAAUCAAAACUUUUCUCAGAAUUCAGGACUCAUGGUGGAUCCAGUGCCCAGACGACAACCCGUUCAGGCUCGAUUAGAGAUUAUCUCCCCUUACAAAGGAUGGAAGUUUUACUUUCCUAAUGAAGGGUAUUCAGAUCACUCUCCCAUCGUCAAAAGUGUGGAACUUUUUGAAAAAUAUUUCAUCAGCUGGUCCAGUCUGUACAACUGGUCUGACAUUGAAGUGAAAGGUUUCUUUACUGUUAACUUCAAAGAUUUUUCAACUGACCAAAUUAUUCAGGAAGCUAUACCUGAUCUAUCGAGUGAGGUGAAGAACUCCCCUGAGACAUUAUUGUCAUGCAUUGGGCUAGCAAUGCAUCAGAUUAUAACUCAGCACCAUGAGAAGGAGGCUGCAGAUGCAGCACGAGAAGCUGGGGAAUCCUUACAGCAGACAUCGACGCAGUAUACGGUUCCUAUGAUUCAUGCACGCAUUUUGAACUUCUCACAACCAAUACCACUGAAAAACCUGAAAGCAAACUGCUAUGGGAAAUUUGUGUGCGUUAAAGGAACAGUUGUCCGUGUUGGAAAUAUAAAGCCACUGUGCAUGACAAUGGGUUUUGAAUGUGCUGGCUGUGGAACCAUGCAGUGUGUUGCAUUGCCAGAUGGAAAAUACAUAAUGCCAACAAAGUGUCCUUCAACAGAAUGCCGCAGCAGACUUUUUAUCCCAAAGCGAAGCUCUAGCUUUACCGAAACCAUAGACUGGCAGACAAUCAGAGUGCAAGAAAUUAUAGGUGAUGGCCAGAAGGAAUCUGGAAGAAUACCUCGGACUGUUGACUGUGAACUCACGUUUGAUUUGGUUGACAGCUGUGUUCCAGGGGACAUUGUAACAAUAUCGGGAACUGUCAAGGUCAACAGUAUAGAUGAAGGUCGUGGACGUAACAAGGACAAGUGCAUGUUUUUGCUGUAUCUGCACGCUAAUUCUGUAAAUAACCUGAAGGGUAACAAGUCUGGAGGUGAAGGCAGCUCGGGACUGGCCAUGGAUUUCACUAUGAAGGAGCUGUAUGCUAUUGAGGAGAUACAGAGUGAACCCAGUCUCUUUAGACUUCUUGUCGGGUCUCUUUGCCCUACAAUUUAUGGCCAUGAGCUUGUCAAAGCAGGUCUUAUUCUUGGCUUGUUUGGUGGAUCUCAGAAAUAUGCCAAUGACAAGAAUCGUAUACCAGUGAGAGGCGACCCGCAUAUACUGAUAGUUGGUGAUCCAGGCUUGGGGAAGAGUCAGAUGCUUACAGCGGCCGCUAACAUUGCUCCUAGAAGUGUUUAUGUGUGUGGUAAUACCACAACCACAUCUGGCUUGACAGUGACAAUGUCUAAAGAUGGUGGCUCUAGUGAUUUUGCCCUGGAGGCCGGUGCCUUGGUUCUAGCAGACCAGGGGGCUUGCUGUAUAGAUGAGUUUGAUAAGAUGACCAGUCAGCAUCAAGCUCUGUUGGAAGCCAUGGAACAGCAGAGUAUUAGCAUUGCCAAAGCUGGUAUAAUUUGCAGUUUGCCAGCAAGGACAUCUAUUCUGGCUGCUGCUAACCCAGUCGGUGGUCACUACAACAAGGCAAAAACUGUAUCAGAAAACCUCAAGAUGGGGUCUGCUCUGUUAUCGAGAUUUGACUUGGUGUUUAUUCUUCUUGAUAAACCAGACGAGGAGAUGGAUGGUAUGCUGUCAGACCAUGUUAUGGCUUUGCAUGGAGGGCAUGGCAGAAUGUUAAGUGGAGCAACAGCCAAGAGGGGACAGGAUCUGGAUGAUUCUAGUCUCCAGUGGGAGGCUGACAAACCUCUGUCAGAGAGACUGAAACCAGUAGGAGGUGAACCAUUUGAUCCAAUACCACAUCAGCUGCUUAGAAAGUAUGUAGGAUAUGCCAGGAAGUAUGUUCAUCCAAAGAUCGGACCUGAGGCAGCCAAACUUUUACAGAAUUUUUAUCUUGAUCUACGUAAAAGACAUCAGACUCAAGACAGCACGCCGAUAACCACGCGUCAGUUGGAAUCCCUGAUUCGCCUGUCCGAGGCUCGGGCCCGGUUAGAGCUACGAGAGGUGGCCACUGUUCAGGAUGCCGAGGACGUUAUUGAAAUAAUGAAGUACAGCAUGGUUGAUACAUACUCUGAUCAGUAUGGAUGGAUAGACUUCAAGCGAUCUCAGCAUGGAUCUGGCAUGAGUGGGAGAUCACAGCCAAAACGAUUCAUUGCAGCCCUCAAAAAGGUAGCAGAACAGACCUACAACUCAAUAUUCACGAUUCAACAAAUGAGACAAAUUGCAAAGGAUAUUAGUUUACAACUACAAGAUUUUGAAGGUUUCGUCAGCUCACUUAACAACCAGGGAUAUCUGCUCAAGAAAGGAUCCAAGGUGUACCAACUGCAGACAUUUGGAUAAAAGAAAACAAUAAGAAUUAUUAAAAAACUAUUAGUAUAAUCUGGGAUCUCAAUUAUGUACUGCAAAAUCUGAAAAAAAGAGCACCAGUCAGAAAUAGUGUCAUAUGGAAACAUCUCUGACAAAAAGGUACAUGAUGUCUUGGUUACAGACAGUUCAGAACAUCCUGAGUUUAUGUGUUGUUAUCAGAAAUCUGCGAGUAACUUUGCCAGUUCAUUUCCGAAGUGAUCAUCAAUGAAUGCAUAAUACAUGAGUGUUGUCUCCCAUAUAUGUGUGUAAAUGUUGUAAAUAACCUAUGGUAAACAAGACAAAAAACUUUGGGCCGAAUUUAGGAAGCCUGUUUUUCUUAAUCGCAGUUGUUUAAGCGUUGUAAAUGUAUGUAGUUACAUGUGUGUAAGGUUGAAACAGGCAUUGUAAAUUUGGCCCUUUAAGUUUAAAUUAAAAAUGUAUUAUAUUUCUGUCUCUGACUUGGUUUCUUGUUUAGACUGAUAAUGUUACAUAAAUAAUUUUAUGAAAUCAUCAAUGAAUGUGACCAGCACUCUGCUAUUUAAAAAAAUUCAGAUGUUACCUGGAGACCUGUAAAUAAUAUGCUCAAAUGUUCUAAAAUCGUCACAAAUUCUGACGAGCCACUAGGAUGUAUUUCUAAAAAGCAUUUCAAAUAAAACCAGUGUCUUCAAAAUUAUGGCAUG